AGUAACCAAGUUUGAAAAGACUGAACAAAAAAAUGGAACAGAUUAUAUCCGCGUGGACUUCCGAUUCCAAUUUCAUCUCUCAAAUCGAAAUCCACACCCUAUAAAAUCCCACUUUCUUCCGCCUCAAAUCACCCCAUCCACUCAUCUCUCUGUAGAUUUUUCAACCGGAGAAGGAAAAAAUCUUCAAAUCUUCAAAUCUUCGAGAAAUCCCCUGUUUCUGGGUAUCCAUCCGCCAUGGAAAUGAAACUCCAGAGCUUCUUCUUCCAUGCUCUGCUUCUCCUCUCCCUCUGCCUCUCGGCCUCUGCUCAGAGUUGCAGAAACUACAAUGGAUUCGCCAAMAACGAAGUCUUCGCGGCAUGUGUGGAUCAGCCUGUACUCAAMUCCUUCCUCCAUUGGACCUAUGAACAAUCCAACAGCACCUUGAGAAUCGCCUUCAGAAGGCCUUCCACCACACCCACUACAUGGAUUGCUUGGGCCAUUAAUCCCCAGAGCCUCCAAAUGUUCGGAUCUCAGGCCCUCGUCGCCUACCAGAAUUCCUCCGGCGUCCCCCAUGCCUACACUUCCAACAUCGACUCCCCUCUUCCCAGCCUGCAACAGAGCCCUCUCAGUUUUCCGGUUCCGGAUCUCAGAGCCACUUAUGUGAACGGCGAGAUGACCAUUUUUGCGACCAUGCGGCUUCCCGCCGGCUUGACCACCGUGAACCAGGUCUGGCAGGAAGGUCCGAUGGCGCAGGGUGCUCCGAUGGUCCACGCCACCACCGGCGAUAACAGAAGGUCGGUCAAUACCCUCAAUUUGCUCACCGGCUCCAGCACUGCCGCGGUGGAUGCUACUCUGAAGAAGAGAAAUACUCAUGGAGUGUUGAACGCGGUUAGUUGGGGGACUUUGAUGCCGAUGGGAGCCAUUUUCGCUAGGUAUUUGAAGGUGUUCAAAGGUGCAGAUCCGGCUUGGUUUUACCUCCACGUCGCUUGCCAAGCCUCCGCCUACGCCGUCGGAGUCGCCGGCUGGGCCACCGGAAUAAAACUCGGCAGCGAUUCCCCCGCCGUCCAGUACAACGUCCACCGCAACAUCGGAAUCACCCUCUUCGUCUUCGGAACUCUUCAGGUUUUCGCUCUGCUUUUGAGGCCCAACAAGGAUCACAAGUACAGAAUCUACUGGAACAUUUACCACCAUUCGAUCGGAUACAGCGUGAUCAUUCUCAGCAUCAUCAACGUCUUUGAAGGUUUGAAGAUCUUGAGUCCUGACAACAAGUGGCGACGGGUUUACACCGGAGUCAUCAUCUUCUUGGGUGCGGUCGCCGUCGUGCUCGAAGCCAUUACCUGGUUCAUCGUUAUCAAGAGAAGGAGAUCCAACUCCAACAAGUUCCCACACAACAUCAAUGGAGCAACUGGCAUCAAAGGAGAAAACAGGGUCUAAUUCUUCCCCUGUUCUAGUACAAUCAUUAUUAGAUUCCAUUUGUUCUUCUCAAGUUGCUAUAGAUUUCUGAGAGAUUUUGUUUUUCUUUGAUUCUCAUGAGUGAUAGUUAGAGUAAGAGUGUUGUAUUUGUUCUUCUUCAUACUUCUUUGUAUAGAUAGAAGGAUGUUUCCUUUUCAUAUCAUUGAUGAUUAUAUUGUAGAAUAUUGUUUCCCACUA